AUGGACGAGGCGCUCUACAAUAAUAUCCUGGCUGCCCUGGAAGCCGUCCAUGGUGGGCAUACCGCCAAUGAGGCCCGGCAAGCGGCUGGGCAGAUGUUGGAAGGGUUCAAGGACCGGGCCGACGGGAUGCCUUACGCCCUGUACAUCCUGCAGACACCGUCCCCAAGGCACACGGAUCAGGUGCGGCAUUUCGCCCUGCAUUCGCUGGAGCACAUGCUGAAGGUCAGGUGGUUUCCAGAGAACGACGCGGCAAAGCCGAAAGGGACGCUCGGCAAGACCGCUGCGUUUGGAGUAGGCGCGCCCCCAGGGAUGGCCCCUCAGCUAACGCUCGCGGAGAAGGAGCAGCUGAAGGAGGCAAUGCUGCAGGUCAUGGCCAGGGGCACCAGGGACGUUGCUGACGAGGCCCAGUUCAUCAAGAUCAAGGUGGCCGAUUUGGUUGCACGGCUAGCUGAGAGGGAUUACCCGAACCGAUGGGAAGGCUUCCUGGAGCAGAUGAUGCAGGCGUGGACGACGGGCCCUGUACAGGCGGAGUUGGCUAUGAUGGUGCUGGCCAGACUCAUCGAAGACUGCCACGACGUGGACUUCAGGAGCGAGAUCGACUUCAGCCGGAGAGAUCCUAUCCUGAGAGGCCUCAACGAUUUCUUGCCCCAACUCAUGCCAACAUUGUACAACUUCUUGGUGCAGCAGUGGAUGGGCUACAAGGCUGCCGUCGCGGCAGCCGGUGGAGCUUCCGCGGGAGUCGGGGCCACGGAGGCGGCUCUCAUGAACCGGGCGCUGAACCUGCUGUCCAAGAUCAUGCCCUGGGCCGGCGAGAAGAGCAUGGGAGAGGAGCCGAACGACUUCUUGCCGGCGAUCGCGCAGCUGAGCACCCUGCGGGUGGCGAGGAGCGAGUCUCUGGUGUGCCUCGAGGCGAUGUGUUCCCAGAAGUUGUCGGAAAAGCAUUUCCAUCGCCUUCUGGAGCACCUGCCCGAGAUGGUGCAGCACGUCAAGCAAGCCUUGGCACAGGAGGCGUUACCGUUGUCGGAGUCGCUGGAGGUGCACCAGAUGCUUAGCGCCUGUCUGGAGGAGGCGCUGAUGAGGAACAUCAACUACAUCGCCGGGGAGAAGGAUUUUCAGAACAGAAAUAGCCGGAAGUCGGAGAUGCUGUCGAAGUUCCUCGAGGAGGUGCUGCAGCUGACCAAGAUGCCCUCGAAGCGCAUGGCCGGGAACCUGAUCCAGGCGUGGCAGACUCUGGCCAACAAGCCAAAUGCUAAGGACAUGCCCGCCUUCGUGGUGAUGGUCCCGCAGCUCGUGGCCGCCUUCGCCUCGCACAUCGUCACGGUUCGCUUCGAGGAUGACGUCACGGACGACCCUGUCGCGGCGGAAGAGUUUGUCGACGAGGAGGACUACUUCCAAUUCAUAUCUGGCUUCCGAACACAGGUGAAGCUGUUGCACAACAGUGUCGGCAAGGUGAAUCCUCUCCACAUCGUCAGGUACAUCUUGGAGCAAGCGCAGCAACUCGUGCAGCAGCACGGGACGGGUCGUGACCAUCUGGAUGCGGCGGGUUUCCCAACGUGGAAGACGGAGGCAUGUCGCUCCUGGAGCACGUUCGCUUCCCUCGCGAGAGGGACCAUCGCGGGCCUUCCCAGUUGGUGCACUGGAGAAAAGCCUGAAAACCCGGAAGAGAUGGUCGAGGGCGGCACGACGGCCUUCGUCUCGGCGCAGUGCUUCCAGAUGCUGAGGACCGUGGCCGAGCUCAUGAUCACCUGGCAGCCCAACGGCUCUAUUCUCAUCGGACACCAGCUGACGGUGCUGGAGUCCUGCAAGCUGCUGUUCGUGCACGAGUCCGGGAUGCUGCAGUCGGUCUUCGACAAGCUCUUCACCUUACUCGAGCAGCCCGACCCCAACAUCAACCUCGCCGCGAUGCCCGGAGCCACCGUGGUCACGGCUAGCCCAGAGGUGGAAGCCGUCCGACAGGCCGCGUCGAGGGCCCUCGUUGUGCUCGGGACUGGCGUGUCUGCCGUGCUUGUGGUGGCCCUGGGGGGCAUCUGCCAACGGGUCAACGCCGUCAUCAACAACAAUAGGCCUAGCCUUGCCGUGCGCACACACCUGCUAGAGCUGCUGGUGGUGGUGAGCAACAGCGUGAAGGACGAAAAUCAGCGUCGAGGGUUCGUGCUAGACAUGCUGAAGGAGCCCAUGGGGGUCUGGGUAGGGGAGGAGGUCACGAACGCUGUCAGCUCCCCAGAUCAACUGCUGGCGCGGCUGGGCAUCACGCCCGACCUCCCCGCCGACGAGGCGGCCUACGCGCCGGCGUCCCCGCGCACGACGCAGGCCACGACCAGCUUCCAGAAUCUGCGGGCCCCCCUGACGGUGCUCCUCGGCCUGGGGCAGCGGGUUAGCGUAGGCGACGGCAAGAGCUUCAACGGAGACUUGGAUGCCAUGGUCCGGGCCGGGAUGGAAGGGCUGAGCGCGGCCAACCCGUUCGCCCUGGCGUGGUCGCAGGCGCUGCCUAACAUCGUGAACAUGGUGCAGUGCAUCCACAUGCUGUGGGCCCCUCCCACCAGGCAAAGGCUUCUCAGCCACCCCGUCGCUAGGGCCACGCUGGCGAUCAUCCCCUCUCUCGAGAGCGAGGCCAACCGACGGAGAAACAAGUCCGGGGACUACGAGGACCUUCAAAAGCUACCGCUCGUGGCGCAGUGGUGCAGAAUGCUUCACGACCUCCGGACAGUGUGCUACAACCUCCUCGGGCUGUCGUGCAGACAGGGGGCUCUGUACCUGGCUGUCCCCGCCGACAAGGUGCAGGACGUGGUGGUCAACGGCAUCUUAGCCGGCUUCGAGUUCAUCGAGAACAGGCACCUACAAGGGUUUUGCUCCCGCUUUGUCGAGAAGUACGUGGUCUGUUGCCCUCCCUCUCUGGUGCGGUCUCACGUUGAACCCGUGAUGGCGAUGUUGGCCUGCAACAUCAUGCCUAGACUCAGCGCUGCCUGGUCUCCUCAGAGCGCAGGCGCACAAACGUUGCGGGCGAGAGACCCCGAGAAGUUCCAAGUUUACGCUGACGGAGGGGCGAUGCUGACAGAGGAGGACUUGGACAAGGAUGAGCUCGAAGAACUCAAGAUCAAGCACCGGCUGCACCUCACAAAGGGGCUGGCUGACAUCGUGCACGCGUGCCUGGCGCUGAGAGGAGAACUGAACUUGCCUCCCAGCGCUCUCGACAAGGGCGGAGCAGGGGGGGGCGCGGGUGAUACACAGAACGGCGGCAGGGGUAGAGGGGGGGGGCGGGGGCACCCUAGAGGGCAGCCUUAUUCGGCGAGAGAAGGGAGAGGAAGCAGGGGGGGCGGCAAUCUGUCCAAGAAGGCUGCACAGGCGGAGAAGGUGCUGGAAGGGAAGCGAAAGAGACGUCGAGCCUUGCUGGACGUGUUCGUGAGAGGGCAAGGGAGCAUCCCGCCGAGCCUGGUCAUGUUCACGGUCGGUCUCAUCCGCCACUGGGGGGACGCGUACUCUUGCCGAAAGGCCCUGGCAAUCGCGCACUGCAUACUGUCGGAGUACGACCUUCGUUCGGACGUGAUGAAGCAGCGUCUGUCGAGAGAUCUAUUCAACGGCGUGGUGGAUGCCCUUGUCGCGGGGGUUCCGCAGUUGCAAGGCAUGGAGUGGGAAGCCGUGACUCUGGUGAAAACACUCUACGUGUCGUUCGGCCUGAGCGGUGCGAGGAACAGGACUAGGGGGUCCACGUCCGAUGAUAGCCUCAGAAAGAAGCUGCAGUCCCUGGCCGGGGUGUUGGAGCAAGACGUGUCUACCAUGGACGCCAAGCUCAGGAGCGAGAGCAGCGACACCCGCACGCAGAAGGAGGCCGUGAGGGAUGUCCUCAGGAGGGCUACGUUAGUCGCGCAAAACACUGCUGGAAGGGAUGGGGGGAAGGGCAGCAACGCCAGCGCCACGUUCUGGAAGGACAACAAGGGCAGGUCGGGCGGUGCCAAGGGUCAACCGAACAAGAGCUCUAACAGGAACAGGAACAAGAAGAACGGCAAUAACGACCAAGACAACGACAAUCCGUCCUCGGACAUUCUGUGGCAACGCCGAUGAGAGUGGGGAGGAGGAUGGUGACGAACGACGACGUUGUGGUGAUGAUGGUGGCACCGUAAUUCUUAUCGGUUACUGGGCGCAGAUUUGGUCAUGUCUCUGCGGUGUUUGCUGAGAGGAUAUCAAUUUCUUGGUGGGCCCAUGGUUGGAUGGCAGUGUGCGCGGGGUGUAACAUCUGCGCGAAGUGUAGCUACUGCUGCUGCUGUGGACGGGGGCCGUGUCCCACGAGCUGUGUGUCGUUUCUUGUGUACCGCGUGGAGCUGCACACGGCCGCUAGUCUAGUGGCGUGGUGGCGCCGGCACAAAGCGCACCCAACGGUUUCAUCGCAGCCUGAAGAGGUCGAAAUUGUAUCCGCACACUCUACAGCCGUGCGUGAGUGGAUCACGAUAUGUCAGGAAAAUACUUUUGUAUGGCACUCGAGCAUGCGCAAGCGAGGCAGGACGUUCCGUGGCACCGGCGUCGUGGCGAGGGCGGUGUGUGUGUGGCUGUGCCCCUUCGAGAGCGCUUGUGGUUUGCGGUGCGCAAUAUCUCUACUGUGUCUGGUUACAGCAGUAUCCAUGUGCAUAGUACCAUAUGCAUAGUACCGUGGUGAGGGUAUGGUGGUAGAUAUUCUGGUAAGAGACGGGAUUGUUUAGCCACAGCAGCUACUGCUGUGUUUGCCUUCGAAAGCAACUUGCGGCUUGCAAUUCAAGGGAUUUCGCUCCUGACGCCACCUUUCGCUGAGUGUCCAAAAGACUUGAGAGUGCGUGCGUGCUUUUUGAUGCAGAUUAUUGUUUUUUUAGUUGAGGCAGCUUGAAGCUUGCACUCUUGGAGGUCGUGGUCAAUGUCACAAGUUCUACACACAUGCCGUACCUCGAGCCAUGCUAGGCGUUGAUUGUGGAGAGAAAGCGCUAAAAUGGAAUGUCACACGGGGGGCGGACUCCUGCUUUGUGAGUUGGCACGGUUAUAGGAGUUUUUUCCGCG